CUUCUUCUACCGGAUCUGAACAGCAGUAAGUUCUUCUUAGGCUUGUAACCAUACUCGUAAGGCGUAGUUGCUCGUGUGCUACUUCUUCCAAUUUUUUACUACUAGAACAACGCCACCAUCUAUCUUCAAAGUAAUUUGUAGUUGUUGAACAGUACGAAUUUUUCUCAUUAUUUAUUUGUUGAUUUCAUCUGACUGAGAACUAUUUCUAUUUUUUACUUACUAGUACCAUUAGUAUCUACAAUUGCUCAAAAAUACUUCAACAUAAUGAAGAUGUUUUUUCUGCCCUAUUGCAUUGGGGAGCUGCGCUUGCGAGGCUCCUGGCUGGACAACGGCCUUGGCGUCCACGCAGUAAAGCUUACUGCACCUCCAAAGAUGAACUCACAAGAGCCAGAAGAUGCGGUCGUUGAGUUCCUUGGAAAUGUUAAGGGCGGUAGGGGGCUUCAUCAAGGGUUCUUGUUGAAAAUAUAGUUUGUUUUGCCCUUCGCUCCUCAGGGAGGAAAGCAUAACAUUCAGAAACGGGAAACAGAAACACCAAUUCCAAUCAAGCCCCUAGCUCUUCUAAUAAUGGGAAACCUGCUCGAGAAGCUGCGAGUGCAUUACGCAAGCACCUCCAACAAAGAGGUCGCGCCACGUUGGAGGAAAGUCUUCUACUCUCAAGCCCAAAGGAUGCAGACAGCUAUAGGCAUAGACCUCGCUCCUCCGCAUUCCCGACUUCAGCCGCAACCAUGCCCUCGCCAACUAUUACGGAUAGGCCGAGGGUGUCCCUGUUACCGUUUGUCUUGCCUGUCUACUUGAGGGAGAACAUCAAAGGCAGGAGAACAAACGGGGAAGAGAAACACUAAGGUCCUACCUCUAAAACUAGUACUAUGUCGGCACACGCAGCGCCGUUUUUUCCUUAUCCUAAGCCUUUGCGCUUAGGGAGCUACCUCCUUGACGAGGAGAUUGGCGAGUCUUAUGAAUGGAUUUUCUAGUCCUUUCGAUGGUAGUAGAGGCACAUGUGAAGUAGAAGCAAGACCCGUAUCCAUCAUAGCAUGGAAAUGAACUACGGAAAUAUCAUUUGCCAACCGCAGAAGCUGAGUAGACGCGUCUUGGUCUUCUGACUGGGUACUAUAAUAGAGGUAAAAAACGGGCUUCGGGUUGCUCGAGUUGCCACGGGCUCGCCGAUCGAGUUGCUGAGGUGAAGGGCUUCCAACUCUGGAACGAGUUGCAACGAGUUGCCAAGAGAAGCCCGGCCCAUCAAAAUCGGCGAAGCGGGGCGCUGUGGGCGUAGAAGUGCUUGCUCGGCAUGCUGGGGGCCGUUUUGCUUCGGGACCUACUUCGCAAAAGAAGGCGGGGGAGGCGCUGCCUCUUUCUGUUUGGGGUCGAUAUUGGCGCGCCGUUCCGCACUCGGUGGCGAGGGGCGAGUGCUUCGCCUUCCCCUGUGGUGCGGGUGCAGAGUUAGCUUCGCCUCGGGGCCGGGCCUUCGACCCGCUGUUUUGCGGUGUGGGUGCGGAGCUCUUGCCGGGUUGGGUUUGUAGCCGGCUUGCGGCUGAAGGAUGCGGCGGCGACAUAGAGGAAGAUGCGGCGAAGGCUAACAUACGGGCGGGUGGCGGUGGGCUUGGUUUCACACUGGUGUGACGCUGGGUGGGCUGGUGUGGUACAUGCCACACCCCCCAGGGCCCCCGCGUUGGGUUUUUUGAAAUCAUCUGACUGCCUUCGCUUGGUUGUCUUCCCGUUGUGAAUGCCCCUCCUACCGCACUGGUGGGGCGUUAUAGUGCUCUACUGCAACACGUCGGCAAGGGUGCGACCGGCGCAGGGUGCAGCGAAAAAAUUUGCAAUGGCACCCCGAGAAGCUCGACCCGAUAUAGUUCAGGAAGAGCCUGGCUCUUCUAUAACUCUAAUGAGGAGAAAGCCCUUGCUCCUCGUUGUUCCUAAGCGUCUAGUACGCCGUGUUGUCCGUCCGACUCUAAUCCUGCGACAGCGCCAAAAACGACGGAAAAGCAAGCACCGACGACCCUCAAGCCCUGAAUAACUUAGCCGACCGCCUGAAAAAGGAGCUCUCAUUACAACCAUCAUUUAUGGUCAACUACCUUGGGUGAAUCUGAAUCUCCUCGAUGAUUUUUCUACUUUCUUGCAGAUGCUUCCUUCAAGGUUAAAGUUUUCCUUCUCAGUUGGUCAGCAUGGUCUUGUUCGUAUUCCUCAGGAAGAAAGAACAUUUUUAACACACUUACGUAGCGUACAACGUACGAACAGGCGAUCACGAUGAUGGAAUAAGUUAAGUAGAACCGAAAGUAGAACAAGGUUUCCAGGAAAUUAUAUACAGUGAAAACUAGAAUUACAUUAAUCGCCGUUCUCGAGUAGUCCUUUCAUCGUUAUACUAGUGAAGAUGCUAGUGUAAGUACUCACAAAGUAGACUAAGUUCGUCGCUCCAAUAAAGUUUAUAGUGAAGAAGGUUUUCGCCUUCUAAGCCAUAAACCCUAAACCCUAGGUCCUGGUGCUCUAAUCCUUCCUCUUCCACCAGCUCUGCCUCUGGAGAACCGCAAAUGCAAAGAAGCCUACCAUGGCUCUUAGCUCCUUAUCCGACUUACGAUUGACUGACAUGAUAGAAGAGAAGAUGGAGAAGGUUGACAUCGAUAGGAUACAAGAGGAUCUCGAUGGACGUACUCGAAAACUCGAAAUAACCGAGUAAGAAAAACAAUAGCCGAGUAGUUGUGAUUAAUAUUACCUCGGAUACUCGGUUUUUUCAGUUUAUCGAAUAGGCUAACCUUUACCACUAGCCUAGCAAUUUCAAAAAUCAAAAUUUAAACUUACAUUUUACUUGCGUGGGUAGUAAAAACUACGAGUCAGGAGUCAAAGGUUUUUUCCCUUUCAACAUGUUCCUUUUGGUGAACAAGUGUUUUUUCCUUCGUGGUGAGUAAAAACUACGAGUCCCUUUGACUUUCAUGAGCGACCUACCUCGAACGCGCACAAAGUGUACCAUUGGUACGAUAGUAAAUGCGCAACAUCAGGAGCUACUAGUAGUACACGUACAGCGGCUAUCACGUCGCCGUUGUGUAAAAGUACUCUCCCUUAAGGCUACUACUUCUUCCCUUAGUCCAUCUUCGACAAGUCACCUCAGUGAAUGGUUCUGGUUUUUGGUAACCUUAAUUCGAUCGCAAAGAUUCUCCUCUUGUUUUCCCUUAUGACCAAAAUCAGACUCCCGAAUACCAGAACAGUACACUCAGAGUCGUUCUCAAGGGGGAGCGAAACGGAAGCGGGAUGGACUUCGAGAUCCUUCAAGCGGUUAGCUCCUCUAACUCUGUGAAGCACCAACAGGCACUGGUCUUGAAAGUACUCUACCAAGAACUUGCCUUUCCCCUAGCUCGUCUACUGCUGCGUCAGCGCGCUCGACACGACCUUCGCUUUCCUCUAGGAUGUUGACGCGAGUCGACUGCUCUAUUUGUGAAGAACAUGGUAGCGCAGCUUUGCCUGAGAGCCGAAGAAGGAGGCAGGAGGAUCUUGUUAAGGCUUACACUAAUCCAAAGUGCUGCUGUUUGAUGCCUCCUCGAUCUCACGUAGAAAUGGCGGCAAAUAAGCAGGCAUGUUCUUCUUGUCAUUCUCUGAACUACAUGAAAUCGCGGCAAAUAAGCAGGCAACAUGUUGCCCUUCUCUGAACUACAUCACUUCACCUAGAAACCUUUCCUAUUGUUCCUAGUCAGGGUGCUCCGGCUCUUCUACCUCUACCACAAUUAUAGUUAUGGAUUUGAAUUUGAUUUGGAUACGUCUAAUUUUUGCAGGAGCCAAGAUGCGAGCGCGCGCAGACCGGAAGAACAGGAUGCUAGUACGAGAAAGCCGGAACAACAGGAACCUUUGUUGGAGGAGUCAUGGGUCCGUAGCGCCUUAGAGGAGAUAAACACAUGCUUACCACGACCUGGUUUUGCUUAUAUAGAUGAGGAGCAACAGCAACGUCAUGUCUACUUACAAACAAGAACACUUGAAGCAUCGGCAUGGGCUUGCUAUGCAGGCGAGCCGCGUUUUGCUUCAUCUUCAUGGGUCUUUUAUGGCUGAGAGCACCAUGAGCAUGAGGAUGGGGUUCAUUUGACCAAUUUUUUACGUUGCACAUUAACAUUUGACGAGCAGACUGACAGGUUUAAGAAGUUUCCCUAAUUGUAGAUGUAAUACAUCUUCUAUCGGAGGAAUAUAAUGCACUAAAAGGCCUCACAAGUAUACGAUAAUAGCUACACAAGAGGCGCCACGACAUGACAUGACAUGAAUUUUGUGAAUGACGUUGAACUUUUUAGGAUCUACCUGUGCCUCUACUUCUACCUCGAACAACAAGCCGACACUGCAUCGUAUCUCAAUCCAGAUGCUGCAGAGUUUGUACCCAGAAGUGGAGCAAGGACCACUCCACCAGCAGCCCCUCCGACAUUAGCUCCAGACCUAAGCAAACUGGAGUUUGUAGAAAACUCGCCAUCUUUAAAAGAACUAGCACUCACGAGGGCCUGCUUCAACAGCGGACUAGCAGAACCACAGGAGGUAGAGGACGAGCUCUUUAGCACACCACAAGUAGAGGCGCAGCUGUUCAGCACUGAGGCACAAGACGCGCAAGAGAAAGAAGAUGCAUCUUCACGUCCAGCCGAGCAGCUGACAACUAUCGCAGAUCUGUUUCAGAGCUUACAGCCACUACAGAGCUGCAUGCAUCAUGAACAGUCAGGAGAACAGUGCGACGAUGACUCUCGUCCAGUAGUGAUGAAAGCGCUAAAUCUUUGCGAUGUCUUGGAAGAAGAAGAUGGAUGCUUGAUGUUAUGACGCAAGGAGUAGCAGCUUAGUAGGACCAAGAAAGCCAUCAUUUUUCAACAAAAGUGAGAGCAGCGUCUAUGUGUCUCUUCCCCUUCAACCUCCAUCUUCUCUUGCUCAAGGCCAAAUAUCAGUUAGAUCCAGGACUAAGUACAUUGAUUGGAGCACUCUUUCAACAUACAAUGAAAAUGGGUACCUCUCCCGGUGCUGGUGCUCCUCGGGUUGUAAGUACUUCUAGCAUCUACUGUCUUAGUUGCCAGUGAGCAUCUCCUGUCUUAGCACCAGCUACUGCUACUCUAAAACAUCAUAGCAAGAAGCCAGAGCAGGACCACUCCGCUGCCACUCAGCGCACCACACAGCCCUUCACAGGACAAGAACGACUACAGAAAGGGCUCCACAGCCCUUCACAGGACAAGAACGACUACAGAACAAAGGGCUCCUCCACUGCCCUUCACAGGACAAGAACAACUCAAGUCGGAGGGGCACGAGGAAUAGAGCUGAACAUCUCUGAUUGUCUCAAUCGCGAGGCUUAUGUUAUGGCUGGUCGUUGUCGACAUGAGAGAUGAUGUCGUUAUCGAUACUUACUAGUGUGUGAGACGAAAGAUGAAGAUAAUGGUAUCUCUUUUUACUUUUUUAAACCGAUACCGAAUAGAUAGAACAAGCUCUAGCACAAGCAUUUAAAUUUGUUUUAAGACAUCUUUCUAUCAUUUGUAGUCCUCUUCGUCUUCGCCGACUUCUAGGCAAGAACCCUGAGGCCAUCAAGCAACCUCUUUUCAUCUUGUAGUUUCCUCUUCUAAGUAAAAAUGGUUUCUACGUAAUUGUCCAACACUCACUUUCUUGCAUUUUUUAUUCCACUUCCGUAUUAUAAACAUAAUUCAUUGUCCAUCGCUUCCGUAUCUAAUUCAUUUUCCACCUGCCUCUGUUCUUUCCUUUCUGUUUCUCUAAGCUACAGGAAAAUUUGCGUUUAGCGUGCGAGGAGCUGCAAAGGGAGGGACGUUUUGAAGAACUAGCAUCCUUAGGCUCCGCAAUGCACGGUCGCGGCUGCAAACCUUGCGCUUUUGCUGCGAAAGUUACGGCGAACUAGAGGACCUAGUCCUUGUUGUAAAAGAAGCAUUAUUAUAUGAAGACCACGUCUCCCCAGCCCCACGCCUAAACGAAAGAAUGCAUCCUCAUCAUCCUUAGAAGUUAGAAAGAGGUCCCUUUUGGUAUAGAAAAGGCAUUAGAGCAACUCUGUAGAGGGAACAGUUCUAGAAUAGAAGUCCGACUAGAACUUCAUUUUUAGUAAAGGGGAGUCACAACGGAAUCUAAGGCAUGCGUGGUAUGUCUCAACGGAAAGGAAUGCAAGUGGUGCCAUCUCUGUCCACCCGGUGCGAAAAAGGUACUAAUCUUAUUUUAACAUAUGAAUUUGUACCUUCACGUUUCAUCUGUUUUUUUUUUGGUUGUCCGAUUGAUAUAAUCAGGAAAUGAACAGCCACGUGAUCCAUCCGAAAGGAACUAGACCAUCCAUCACUAUCAUUAAGAAGCUGAAACGACAACUUCCUCAUCCCUCACAUCUUCUAUGAGAAAAUAAGCCACAUCAUCAUUCACUAUUAGGAAUCUGGAACCAGCACAGCCACAUCAUCUUCAUCACUAUCAGGAACUGAAAAAAGCGCGAGCGCGGCUUAGGAAGACGGCCGCUGGGUAUGCUUCGCAAGUAUGA